GUACAUAAUAGUAUAAAUUGUAGCUUUAUUAGACGCAGGUAAGUGCAUAUUCACAUUAUGAAUCGAUCAAUGAUGAACUAUCAUUGAAAACCUGAAAGUACUGGACAUUCGUUUUGUUUUCCUACUAUGGGACUCCAACAUGUGGGACUCGAAUCCAAGUCUUCUGAUCUCGAAUUUAUUCUUUCAUAUUGUUGAUUGUACUUAUAGAGUCUAUUAGAAAUCGAUAUUUGAUUCAAAACUAAUUCUGAUAAAUUAUUUUCUUAUUUGAGUCUAUUUAGUUAAGUGCUCUGGCACGAGAUUGGUAGAACCUGGAAUCGAAUCUCGUGAGGAAAGAUCAUGGAUGCGUACUGUUGAGGAGUCCCACAAUAGGAGGAAACGACUAUCCAGUGUUUUUAGGUUUUCCUUUGUGUUAGUCUAAUUUCAAUUAACUCACACUUUCAAUUAUAUCAAAUUCAUCAUUUCAUUUAUAUUCUUAUUCUUAUUCUAGAUAAUCUUUCUAUAAACAUGUUUAUGAUCAAUCAAAUUAAUCAGUCAAUUAUUAAUUUAAUCAAUAAACUUUCCAAUAAAUCAAUAUUGAAUUAUCGAUUAGAUAUAUCAUUAUAUAAUAAAAAAUCAACAUGGGUCGCGUUUUACGUCCUUACAGAUAUAGCGUUAUUUUUUAUAACAAUAUUUGUCAGUCAAAUAACUGUUGGCAAAUCAGCAUUAC